UGUAAUAAAAAAAAUAAUUAAUUUAUUUACGAAAAUGCCACUAAAUAAAUUGUUUGUUAUGAUAAGUGAACUUUAUUAUACAGUACAAAAUAUUUUGUGAAUCUUUAUUAUUGGAGAAUGGAGACUUUAAUUUUAUUUUUUUCCUAAUUAAAAAAUCAUUUUUUUAAAAAAAUUGUUACAAGACUUACAACCUGUAAAUAUGAGCUAUUUUGUUAUUGCUUGGUUAAAGUAUUACAGCUAUACGCCUAUACUAGUGCAACAAUUAUGACAGGAAAUCUUCUAAAAAUGGUUUUAUAUAUCCAUGAUUUUUUUCCAUCCUACUCCUAACCAAGUAGCCAUCCAAAUUUAAAUGCCAUUAUCAUACAAUUAACUAUGGAAACAAUCUUUUUGAUUUCUAAUGAUUUUUUACCUUAACUAGUUAACUCUAUCCAAACCCCCCAUAAAUAUAAUUAACAAGGAAAAAAAUUAAAAAUAAAAUAAAAAUAUCCCAUCAAAAAAGAUUUUUAUUUAUUUUUUACAGCUAAUAUUUAAACAUAUCUCCAAGAAUUUCGUGAGAAUUAGGUUAUAUUAUAAACCUUCAACUACCCACCUCCAAUAUCCUUCCAAUAAUUUCUUUAAAAAAAAAAAACCUUCCAAUAAUGAUAAAAUAAUAUAAUUUUAUCUUAAGUCCAAUUAGUAUACAUUUCUGAUUCGAAGAAUCUCUCGUUAAUCCCACCAAAACUAGGAAUCUUACCUUUAUAACCCUAUAAGUUAAACAGAAUCUUCAUUGUUUUGGUACCAUGCAUCAAAUAUUUUUGUAACUUUGUUACACAGAAUUUAGAAUUACAUAUUACAUCCAUAUUCAUAAUAAUAAUAAUAAUAUGGGUGGUUUAGGGGAAGAAAUUGUUCCAGAAUCAAUGGAUUCAACAAUGAAAAAAGGCGAUACGGAUGAAGAAUGUUCAAUACCACAAGUAAAUUUAACCGUGCCAAAAACAGAUGAUCCAAACAUGCCUGUUUUAACGUUUAGAAUGUGGGUUCUUGGUUUAGGUGCAUGUAUUUUGUUGUCAUUUGUUAAUCAAUUCAUGUGGUAUAGACAAAAUCCCAUGAUUAUUACGUCGAUUUCGGCCCAGAUUGCUGUUGUUCCUCUAGGACAUCUUAUGGCCAAGACAAUCACAAAGAGGGUGUUCUUUCAAGGUACUAGGUUGCAGUUUACGUUGAACCCUGGUCCUUUUAAUAUUAAAGAACAUGUUUUGAUCACUAUUUUCGCUAAUUCCGGUGCCGGAAGUGUUUACGCCACCCAUAUAUUGAGUGCUGUUAAGCUUUUUUAUAAGAGGAAGCUCACCCUUCUUCCUGCUGUUCUUGUUAUGCUCACCACCCAGCUAUUGGGUUUUGGAUGGGCUGGUCUAUUCCGGAAGUAUCUCGUCGAGCCAGCAGAGAUGUGGUGGCCUGCUAAUCUGGUUCAAGUCUCAAUAUUUAGGGCUCUACAUGAGAAGGAACCAAGGGCGAAAGGAGGCAUAUCCAGAACACAGGCCUUCCUCAUUAUUCUAAGUUGUGCUGCUGCUUAUUGUGUCCUACCCACUUACCUGUUCAUUAUGACCACUAGUUUUUCUUGGCUGUGUUGGUUUGCUCCUAAAUCUGUUUUAGUCAAUCAGUUGGGUUCGGGAACUCAGGCCCUUGGAAUUGGCUCUUUUGCUAUAGAUUGGACUACGAUUUCCUCGUACCUAGGAAGUCCUCUGGCUAGCCCUUGGUUUGCUACUGCUAAUGUAGCUGCGGGAUUUAUUAUCAUAAUGUAUGCGAUAAUACCAUUUUGUUAUUGGUUUGACGUGCUCAAGGCAAAGAACUUCCCUAUAUUUUCUCAAAGUCUUUUCAUGGUUAAUGGAACCAAGUAUGAUAUCAAAAGCAUCGUUUCCCCACAUUUUACAUUGGAUAAGGCUGCGUAUGCCACAAAUGGUCCUCUAUAUCUUAGCACUUUCUUUGCUGUGACGUAUGGCCUUGGGUUUGCCGCACUUUCUGCAACCAUUGUCCAUGUCCUAAUCUUCAAUGGAAGAGAGAUAUGGGAACAAGUCAAGGGAGCUUUCGGAGCAUCAAAGAAAGUGGAUAUACACACGAAGCUGAUGAAGGUCUAUGGACAAGUACCAAAUUGGUGGUUUCAUGUCCUUUUAGUGCUUAACCUUGCUUUGACCCUGUUUACUUGCGAAUACUACAAGGAGUCACUCCAAUUGCCAUGGUGGGGUGUCUUACUCGCUUCUGCGCUUGCUUUCUUCUUCACCCUCCCUGUAGGCAUCAUUCAAGCCACUACAAAUCAGCAACCAGGUUUGAAUAUUAUCACGGAAUACAUUAUUGGAUAUAUGUACCCAGGGAGACCUGUUGCUAAUAUGUUGUUCAAGGUGUAUGGCUACAUUAGUAUGAGUCAAGCCCUUUUCUUUAUUGGGGACUUCAAGCUCGGUCACUACAUGAAGAUUCCACCUAAAGCUAUGUUUAUGGCUCAGGUUGUGGGAGCAUUAGUAUCAGUAGCAGUCUACACCGGAACAGCAUGGUGGAUGAUGGAGUCAAUCCCUCACAUCUGUGACCCGUCGCAGUUGCCACCUGACAGUCCAUGGACCUGCUCCUUUGACAGGACCUUCUUUUCUGCUUCGGUGAUAUGGGGGCUGGUGGGUCCACGCAGGAUCUUUGGAGACCUGGGGUACUACUCGCACAUGAACUGGUUCUUCCUAGCAGGAGCCUUGGCACCUUGCCUAGUGUGGCUUGCUCUGAAGGCAUUCCCCAAGCAAAAGUGGAUAGGACUCAUUAAUAUGCCUGUUAUUUUGGGUGCAACCAUGAUGAUGCCACCUGCUAGUGCGGUUAACUUCACUAGUUGGAUCAUUGUUGGCUUCCUUUCAGGGUAUGUCAUUUUCAGGUAUCGCCCAAAGAUGUGGGAACGCUACAAUUACAUCCUUUCAGGAGGUCUUGAUGCAGGAACAGCUUUUAUGACGAUUCUUCUCUUCUUUAGCUUGCAAUAUGCUAGCAAUAUUAGCCUUGACUGGUGGGGGAACCACUCUGAUGAUAUGAUAUGCCCGUUGGCUCAAUGCCCUACAGCUAAAGGGAUUGUUGUGGAUGGUUGCCCCGUCUUUUAAUCAUUCACUUAUUCUACCUAUUUAAUUCGUAGAUUCUUUCCAAAGGGAUUGUAGUGCGUUUUUUUAUUUGAUACAAGUAUUUUCUCCAAAGGGGAUUAGUGAUCUAGUUUACAAGGCUCCAAGUAGCUAAAUGAAGGGAAGUCUCUGGGACUACUGGGAAUUAUAAUUACUAGAACUGUAGAAGUUGGAUUUGAUGAUUUAGCAAUGAAAUGUACAUGUUCAAUUUCAUAGAGUUCUUUGGUAUUCUUUUAUUGGUCA